AUGGGAGGUAAAAUGCAGGACUUCUUACUGCUGACGCUAUUGGUUGCAACGGCCAUUGGGGAUGGAAAGCCAGUCGAUAAAGUCGCAGACGACUUACAAGCUGAAGCCACAGGAUAUGGUGGUCUUGGAGGUGGUGGUGGCCUUGGAGGUGGAGGCCUUGGAGGUGGUGGUGGCCUUGGAGGUGGUGGCCUGGGAGGAGGUGGAAUCACUCUUGGAGUUGCUACUGUAGGCCUAGGAGGACUCGGCGGUGGAGGCGGAGGUGGAUUCGGAGGUGGAGGCGGGCUCGGCGGUGGAUUUGGAGGCGGACUCGGUGGUAGAGGUGGAUUUGGAGGCGGACUCGGCGGCGGAGGUGGAUUUGGAGGCGGGCUCGGCGGCGGAGGUGGAAUUGGAGGCGGGCUCGGCGGCGGAGGUGGAAUUGGAGGCGGGCUCGGCGGCGGAGGUGGAUUUGGAGGCGGGCUCGGCGGCGGAGGUGGAUUUGGAGGCGGGCUCGGCGGCGGAGGUGGUGGUGGCCAGACAAUCAUUGCUGUCCCGCUAAGAUUACAACUGGGUGGUGGUGGUGGUGGUGGUGGUAGACGUGGAGGCUACCGCGUGUGGUGGGACUAA